UCCGCCGUUCUCACCAAGACUUCUCACUGCUUCUACGUUGUUCGUUGGUUUGUGUUUUAAAAUGAUUUGUGUACAUUAUACGACUGUGGCUUUAUUAGAAACCUGUAUAAAAAGACAAACAAUCAUCGGAAGUUAGAAAGUGAUCGUGAGAAUUUGAAACAACUAGUGCCAGUAGUGGUGAUGGGUGAAAAUCAGUCACAACCAGCUCAAAUGGGAGGACCAAACAUUCAGGAACUGGCGACAAUGAUCAAGAAAACCCCUAUUCAGUCAGACUACAAGCUGACGAAGGACGUUUUAGGAAUGGGUAUCAAUGGCAAAGUAGUGCGAUGUGAAUCGAGGCAUACAGGUCAAAGCUACGCGCUGAAGGUUUUGGCAGAUUCAGCAAAAGCCCGACGUGAGAUGGAACUACACUGGCAUGGGUCCAAGUGUCGUAACAUAGUCAAGAUAAUUGAUGUUCAUGAGAACACAUUUGCAGGGAGGAAGUGCCUACUUGUGAUCAUGGAAAUCAUGACUGGAGGAGAACUCUUCAACAGAAUUCAGGAAAGAGCAGACACUCCAUUCACAGAGAGAGAGGCUGCUGCGAUUGUAAGGCAGAUUGCUGAGGCCAUCGCCUAUUUACAUGGCAUGAAUAUUGCUCACAGAGAUCUCAAGCCGGAAAAUUUGCUGUACACGGACAAGGGAAAGCAUGCAACAUUGAAGUUGACUGACUUUGGGUUUGCUAAGGAGACGCAAAACUUCAAUUCGCUGCAGACCCCCUGCUACACUCCAUACUACCCUGAGGUAUUAGGACCUGAACACUAUGAUAAGUCCUGUGACAUGUGGUCACUUGGAGUCAUUACAUAUAUACUGCUAUGCGGAUACCCUCCAUUCUAUAGCGCGCACGGUGCUCCCAUCUCUCCAGGAAUGAAGAAGCGCAUCCGUACCGGCCAGUAUGACUUCCCGGAGCAGGACUGGAGGAACAUAUCAAAGCCUGCCAAGGAUCUCAUCAAAGGUUUACUGAAGACAAACCCCUCUGAGCGAUUUACGAUCCUAGAAGUGAUGCACAGCAAAUGGGUUGCGGAACAUACAAUGGUGCCAGCAACACCUCUAAUUGCUCCCAAAAUUCUGAAGGAGGAGGCAGAGCAGUGGCCAGAAGUUCAGGAGGAGCUGACGAGCGCGCUAAACACAAUGCGGGUCGACUACGACACCAUUCCCAUCAAGGAUCUCAGCAAUUCAUCCAACCGCUUGCUCAAGAAACGCCAGAUGAGGAAAAAGAUGCAGGGCGGUGUUGGACCUGCAGGUUCGUUAAUAGAGGCGGAUGAGGACUCCGAGGCUAACGAUGCUGCAAAGACUGGCGCGACAGUGCAGUAGACUAGUAAGCUUCUUCUGUUUUAUCCCGCCGUGGAUUCCCUUGUAGCAGUGGUAUAUAUCGCUCUGCCUGUCGAUCACUUCUAUCGCAGCUCUAGUACUCUGACCUAGAUUACGAUGUCAGCACAAAAUUAGCGCGACUCCAGAGUCAAAUACUCUCUGAUUUACUGUCGAACUCCCUGAUUUGACAUAUGCAGGAGCUUCUUUGUUUCUGUCAUUCCGUAUUGGAAUUUGAUCUCUUCCUUCAUAUUUGGAAAAUUGCAAAUUUGCAACUUUUUCCACUGCAAUCUGCAGUGUUGAUCUAUCGAUUUGAUCCACUUCCCUCUCCGUCUUCGUUAUAGUCCCUAGGACUUUUGAAGACUAAUAUGUAUGAGGUUAUGAGGUUAUGCUGCAAUAAUAAGCUUGAAUGGUUGGUAAAGCUGGUUUGCAGAUACCCUCACUCAGUGCCUGCAUGUUCUCCACCAAGCAUAUAUGUCAUAUGUGCUACCAUGCUCAUGAAGACUAGAGUUGGAUUUGGACCACAUGGAGCAUCUCAAUAAUAAACAUAAUGCUAAAUAAACGCGAAAUGUAUUUACUACCAGUCUUAAUGUUUCUCUACUCUCUUUCGCC